AUGCCCCCACACGGGCCCAUCAGUCUUGCGGGCAUCGAUCCUGUCUCUACGGACGGGCGUGCGAGAGCGCGGCAUGCCGGAUCACCAUCGUUACAGCAGCUCAAGGAUGAGAUCUUCGACGUGCUCUCUAUCGCACAAGGCCCAAGCGCGUUCGCUUGUGGUGGUGGCCUGGAAAGCGCCCAGAAUCCGGGACUCUAUCUAGAGGACCACGGCAUCAUCGGAUUGCCACUGUCUCAACAUGAUGCGCAGACCAUCAUCUCGAAGUCCCAGCAAAGCCCCUUCGGCAAGGGUUCGCAAACCAUUGUCGACACCUCGAUCCGAAAGUCAUGGCAGCUCGACCCGUCUCAAUUCACCAUUCGUAACCCCAAAUGGCAGCAAGCAGUCGACAAUGUCGCUAGAAAGAUCCAUGGCGCACUCGUACUUGACAUCGAGCCAGACCGGUUUUCUGCAGAGCUGUACAAGCUGCUCUUGUACGAGCCGGGUGCCUUCUUCAAGCCUCACAAAGACAGUGAAAAGGCUCCUGGCAUGUUCGGGACCUUGGUCAUCUGCCUGCCCUCUGCUCACGAAGGUGGCGAGCUUAUCCUUUCUUUCAAUGGAGAAACCAAAUCAAUCGAGACGGCACCAAAUUCGGAAUUCGCCAUGUCUUACGCCGCUUGGUACGCCGAUGUCCUCCACGAGGUCAAGCCUGUGACCUCCGGAUAUCGACUGGUCCUCACGUACAAUUUGAUACGCCACGGCGCCACCAAAGAAGGGCAAGUGACGCCCGCUAAAACGUUCGAGCACAAGUAUAACUUGGUCGCUGCGUUGACCAGAUACAACGAGUACCUCCAGCGAUUUGAUGACUUGCCCAACUUUCUGGUAUACCGGUUGCAACAUGAGUACACUCAAGCAAGCCUUCGGGCCGAUCUCUUGAAAGGUGCAGAUCUUGGCCAGUUACAAUGCUUGAAGCAGGUGGCAGACGAGCUCGGCUUCGAACUGUACCUUGCUAAUAUGGAGAAAGAAAUCACAAAGACUGAUGAUGGUUACGACAAUCGUCACUAUGGUUACUAUGACGAAGAGGAGGACGAGGACGAGGAGGAAGGAGAGGAGGAGCAGGAGCAGGAGGAGGAAGAACUUAGUCGCUCGAUCACUUUGACUUACAUAGCCGACUUGGCCGGCUCACGAAUGUACCACCCCGUCAACUUUGCACAGUCGGGAAUCGCAGUGGAAGAGGAAAACUUUGUGGACCCUAUCGAUGAAGACGACGAGGAACCUGACGAAGAAGAUCACUCGGGGUACACCGGCAAUGAAGGGUGUACUGCCACUUUUCGGUAUCACAAUACCGUCAUCCUCAUCGUGCCGCCAGCCAGAAAAGUCGAAUUUUUGUAUGAAUGUGACAGGCGCAAUCUUCGAGUGAUUGCGUUAUUGACGGACCUCCGUCAAAAAGCCGACAAUGACCCCACGGCCAAGGAAGAUCUAAUGAAAGUCUGUGAACUCGUACUGGCCAACAAGAACCAAAACCGCUACUGGCGGCAAGAUCAAGAGAACGCCCAGAUUCUCAUACAGGAAGCUAUCGCGUCGGCAUUACAGUGCGAGCGUUUUGACCUUUACGACGGAUUAGUCCAAGGCAUUAGUGAGUCACAAUCACGAGAAGCAUUUCGGCUGCUCGGCCGCCAUAUGGGCUGCGAGGUCCGUCCUGAGAUUGCGCAAAGGAUCGAGGCUGCAUUGAGCUUGACAAGCACUCUGAUUCAGAAACAUGAAUACCUGAUGAUCGUUGAGAAAGGUGUACGGUCAACUUUGCACCCCGACGAGAUGCUCCCCAAACAGUACAGACUCUGGGCUCAGCAGAUGUUGGUCAAGCAGCUUGUGGCAGCUGAAGUUGCCCAGACCCUGUCGAAAGCAGAUGGCGCAGCGCUCGUCCACGUCAUUGGGGAGUGGACUGUGAAGGACGUCCAAGAGCACAUCCUUCCAGCCAUUGCCAAAUGCGGUACUGCAUUCAAAGUUGCUUUCGCAAACUGCCUCGCCGCGCGGGUGGACCAAGUUGACAUAACGACCGAGUUGAACGAAGGAUGCCAGCUAACUUUCAGUCCUCAGGCCUGCGUAAACGUCAGCAAGGCUGUGUACGCAAAUAUUUGGACGUCUUUCGAGUUGGAGUCUCUUCCUGUAAAACCAAUGGCAAACACCAGGCUUCUGAGAAGUGUGUUAGACACAUUUAGCCCUCCUCCCCGACCCACCCCAGCCCCGAGGCCUGAAGAACAUCUCCUCGACGGAAGCGAGCUUGCUAGCUUGUUGAGUCAUACUUCAUCCCUAGGCGUGCUCGCCGAGUCGGAGAUGAAGUCGCGUCUCCAGUCAGCCGUCGAAGCAGCGGACCGCGAGGCCUGCAUUCACACGCUGCUUCCUUUCGUGAAGAUGGUGUUCGAGCAAAAGGUCGAGGCUCUGAAGCUAGAUCCGCACAGCAACCGAGCCUCCGACGCGGACAAGCAUCUGGUGACCGCCAUGCUCGUACGCCUUGUCGUGGCCGGCGUUGGCCGCGAGCCCGCCCGCCCAGGGACUUGGAGCCAACGCAAGGGCGGGUGCAAGUCAUCUUCCUGCAAGGACUGUCCCUCGGUCAACGCGUUCCUUGCCGCACCGGAUCGCAUAGUCGGCAAAUUUCCCGCCAGCAAGCCUCGACGUCACCACCUGCAUACCUAUUUCACUGAUAAAGCAGGCGCCAAUUACUCGGUCACGACUCUCCGGAACUCGAAUCCCAAUGUCUGGCAGAUAACCAAGAAUCCGAGCAAAGCCCAGGCCGACCACGACACAUGGAAGACGAGAAAAGCCGAAGCCAAAAAGAAGAUAAAGGAGCUCGUCAAGACUGGCCGCUUCAACAUGUAUGUUCCGCAGGGUACUGCUCUUGCGAUCAUCGAUGCCGAUGUCACCAAGUUACAUGGCGAGCAAACUCCAGCCGGGGUAUUACCUCUCCAGGCAUCCAGCGCCAACGCCCCUCCCGCUACUCUUUCAAAGAGGCCGGCUGCAGAAGAUCGAGAGUCAGAGAAACUGUCCAAGAAAGCGAAGUCCACGACGAGCAGGGCAGAUCCAGUCAGACCAAGGCAUGGGCUCGUCGAGGUCAUUGACUUGACCUGA